AUGACGGCCGAAUUGGGGCCAUGGAUGCAUAGCCGUAUCUUUGCUCUGAACAAGGGCCGGAGCGGAUGGAGGGGCCGAGGCGGAGUUAGGGGCGGGGAGGAGGAUGGGGAGGAUAUAAGCAAGUGGAAGAAGACGGAGGAGGAAGAGGAGGAAGAGGAGGAAGAGGAGGAAGAGGAGGAAGAGGAGGAAGAGGAGGAAGAGGAGGAAGAGGAGGAAGAGGAGGAAGAGGAGGAAGAGGAGGAAGAGGAGGAAGAGGAGGAAGAGGAGGAAGAGGAGGAGAAACACCGCGGUGCAGAGUGCUUGGCCGACAGACAGACGGAAGGGCAGAUCACCCCCCAGGUCGAUAAGUGGACGGAGAACAUCGCGGCAUUGGCGGAGCAGAGGGAAGGAAUCAAUCCCGCGACUUCUUUUCCCCCCUCCCCAAGGAUGCCCGUGUGUGUGCACAUUAUUGCACGACGUCGGCUCCCUACGCGCCACGAGUUGGAGCACCUGAAGCAGCUGUCCGACUGUCCGUCGUCUGGCCGCGAUGAUGUCUGUGGUCACUGGUCACUGGUCAGCGGCCACUGGUGCGUGGUGCUUGUGCGUGCCGUCGCGGACUCGCUCGCAGGCAAGUAACUCCCGGAC